AAUGUCUCGCUGAACACGGAGCCAUAUCGUCACCUUACCUUUACGAACAAUUAGAGCAAAUUAUAGUAAUUUCCUACAUGGUAUUAUUUUUUAAUAAAAUGGUAUACCUUUUUUAAUCUGGAAAAAAAAAAAAAAAAGUAAUAUGAUUUUUCAACAGCUGUUCAUCAAACCCCACGCAAAAGAUUAAACUUGACACCAUGAAAAUCUUUUGAAUUCGCAUGGUUGGACUGGUGAUGGCAAUUGGUUUACAAAAUAAUUGACAUUGCUGUGGAUCGUCAUGACAUAAAUAUUAUCAGGUCCCAAGAUUCAUCGAUAUGAUGUGAAAUCUUUUUGCCUUCACAAAAAUCUGUUGGGGAUUACUUUUUUUCUGUACAGUCAAUCUCCGAUAAUAACUGCAUCACAAAUUCAGUUCUUUACGCAGUACACUGAAAUCUGCGAUUGAUUGUUUCUCCCUGUGUGCACUGACAAUUGUUGGCUGUGUGUUUCAGUGUUUUGCUUUUUUGGCCGCCAGGAAUGGCCGUUUCGUGAUGAACCGGGACAGUUCGUUAGGUAGAGCUUUGACUGUGGUCACUCCUAUCCCGGUUACUGGGUUCGACCUCACUACCAUUCAGCACCUACAACUGGGGGAGUCGGUGGGGCUUUGUGACAGCACAGUCCGGGCGGCAGGCGCUGGAUUUGGGGUCGGUAACUCUUCUAACGUCGAGGAUGGUAGUUCUGUACCUGCUGCUUUUGUAGAUGGUGUCCCUGUUACAGUGUCAGUACAAAAUGUCGAUGGCCAGCACAGAAUUGUGUGUGUGGCUGCUGAUGCCAGUGGAAGUACGGUGUCCUACGUGGGGCAGUUAAACUCUGAUGUGAACCUGGAACUCCAGGCAGAAGUGCCCUCCAUGUCUUUGCAGUGUGAGGAUGGGGUACUGCCCUUGGCACCAGGAGCACAGCUGCUUCCUCUACACCCUUUAAAUACAGCCUUGGAGCCAGCACAAAAUAUAAUCCUGCAUGGGCAGCUGCAGUCAAAGGACCCCGACACAGAGGAGCCGAAGAAAAGGAAAGGUGGUUGGCCGAAGGGAAAGAAAAGAAAACCACCCAAAGAAUUUUCUGCUCCUCGCGCUCCUACUACAGGAUAUGUAAUAUUUGUCAAUGAGAACAAAGUCCAUCUGAAGGCUGAGCACCCUGAUAUUCCCUUUACUGAAAUCACCAAGAUGUUGGGCACUAGGUGGUCUCAACUAUCCCAGGAGGAAAAGCAGAAGUACAAUACUGCUGCAGAGAAAGACAAGCAGCGUUUCAUCGAGGAGCUAAAGGCCUAUCAGAACUCUGAGGCCUACAAGGCAUUUCUGAAAAGAAAAGCUGUUCAUAAAGUGAAGGUCCUGUGUGGUGUUGAAAUGGUGGAUGCUGAGUUUGAAAAUGAGAUUGUUGCUCUCUCACAGAUGGAUGGGCGUGACACCAGUGACUUGUACUGCAGGACAUGCAAUCAGUAUUUCAGCUCUCUGCAUAAUAAGAAGGAGCAUCUCCUGGGGAAGCUGCAUUUACAGAAUCUGACAGAGGAGUUUGAGAAGGAGACCGUGGGGCUGUGUAAGGAGCUCCAGGAGGAGGGUGAGGAGCUGAAAGCGAAGGAUGAAGACUCUGAAGAGGAGGAAGUUGCAGUGGCAGAGCUGGCCCAGUUGUGUGGACUCCCUUCCCAGCACAGCUUCACCUCACUAGACCUUGGUUUCCUGCAGGAGUUCAUCUUCAAACAGAUGACGUUGAGAGAGUUUGAACUCGGUGAGCUAAACACUAGCUUGGAGAAAGCUAUGGAAAAGCAUGACCAUUUAAACAGACAACUGGAGGAGCUGCAGAAGCAGAAGUUACAUUUAGAAAGUGAGCUGAGAAGCCUGCAGGCCCAUGGGGGAACAUUGGAAACCCAGCUGGACAGCUUAAAAAUGUUUCCCAUGUUAUUAAAGUUUCACAUUCCGAUAAGUGUGAGCGGGAACACAGUUUUACAGAAGCAAUCGAUACUCUGAUGAAGUGAAUGUUGAGUGCUUCUAAAGGCUUGGACUGAGUAACGGGUGCUGUGACUCUACAAGAGGGUUUGACAAGAUGCACUAAAUUCAGGAAGAAGAGGAAGGCUGGCAACUUAAAUUGCAAGAGAUGCGUGUAGGAGACCCACGAUGGGGGACUGGGCAGUUUUUGACAUCUCUUGUUUAUCUGACUGUCUAGAUGUGUUUUUUCUCCUCAACUUUGCCCUAAUGGUCAACCUGAUAAUCAACCCACAAGUACCACUGCUGAUGCAGACUACAGGCCCUUCUAAUAGCACUUUAAUAGCUAAUGAUUUACAUAUUUAGCGGUUUUGAAUGUGGAAAUGCUUUUAGUAUAUGUUUAUCAUAUGUUUUGUAAGAGGGUAUUUUUUGCACUUUAUCCAACAUUAUAAAUAGUAUGUGUCUUUGUUAAUUGGAGUUUGGUUGAAAAACACUAUGUUGUUGAUGUCAACCAGUAUUUGAAGGAGCUGCUUGGUUAUUUUCUGUGUCCUGGCAAUGCCCAGUGCAUAGUCCUUUGUAACCCACUGUAGGCAAUUCAAAAGACAUUCUCCCCUGCAGGUUUACACCAAUUUUUUGUGACCCGGGAAAAACAAACUACUAGAACUGCUCCGAAAACUCUAAGCUUAUCAUAGGUUCUUUUAUUAUUUAUUAAGAUUAAACAACUGGUGUUAACAUGUAAGCACUGAGGUAAAUGCUUUGUAAAUUACCAUAGUUGCAGAAGUAAUUUAUGUUCUGCUGUUAGCUGGAUCUGCUGAUACCAGAAAAGAAAAUAACAAUUAGGCAUUGGUUGGGCCCUCUAACACAUUAAGUUAACUGCUCCUACGAACACCAAAGUGUUUUUUUUUGUUUGUUUUUGUUUUGUUUUGGGUUUUUUUACAUUCCAUUUGCUUUUGUGUAGCAGAACUAGCAGAUCCAGUGGAAAGCUGAGAAGCAGCAGUACUGCUGGGAUUGUUGUUAGUGCCGUACGUUAUGCAUCUAAAUAGGCACUUUAUAACAUUAAUAUAAUAUUUAUUUGCUUUGGUAACAUAUGUAGUGGUAUGUCUUUGAUGGUUUCAAGUUGUUUCUAGGUGUUAAUUUCUAAGUAUAGUUAUAUUUGUCCUUUUAAAGUAAAACAGCCCAUUUGUAAAUUCAUAUGAAGAAAGAUGUUGGGAGUUUGCAUGGCUCAUC